GUUUUGUUCGCCCCAGUAAGAAACAAAAAAAAGAUAAAGAAAAGCAAAUUGACGAAUGCAUCAACCACUGCUGUGUGGCGUCUGUUGCUUAAAGCGAAUUCAGACGGUCGCGUGGUGAAAAUAUUAAACGGAAACCACUCGGCCAAAAGCCUUGUGUGAGAGGAAGAGGACCAGGUGUCGUCAAUUAAGACUAUUCGGUUGUGGCACCACUGCUCUCCAACAGCAAGAACCACACUGAAUGGCCUCAGGUGGUGUCCCAAGAUGUCAUAAACCUCAUCCACUUCAUUAAGAGCAACAUGUUAGUAAUGUCCGGAAAAGUCCAAGGCAAGACGUUGCUGCCCUAUUGUGCUGGUUUUGAGAGCAUGGAGCAAUCUGCCUUGGAAGCUGACUACAGGGGAGAAAAGAGCAUCAUUCACUCCUUGGAGUCAACAGUGAUUGAGUGGAGCCAUCAGAUACGGGCAAUGCUGAUAAAAGACUCUGCUGAGGCUUUGUUUGAAGGCAAAAACCCAACACCACACACAGAGCUGCUCUUCUGGAAGAACAGAUAUGCUGAUUUGGAAUGCAUUUACUCACAGUUAACAUCGCACAAAGGGAACAAAAUGGAGACACUGCUCGAUGCUGUCGAGAGUAGCUAUUCCCCUGCUUUUCAAAACAUUCGACGGGAAGUCUCGGCAGCUUUGGAGGAGGCAACGGAUAUCUGCAUCUUCUUGACGCCACUGCAGCACUUGUUUGAGGACAUAGAGAAUAAAGAUUUUUCCGAUAUCAAAAGUCUGCUCGGCCCCAUGAUGCACACAGUAUGUCUAGUGUGGGCCAACUCUGGACACUACAACACUCCAGCACGACUAAUUGUUCUACUGCAAAAGAUCUGCAACCUUCUUAUACAGCAGGCUAUGGGUUAUUUGGCACCGGAUGAACUUCUCAAAGGAGAGCUUUCGGAAAGUCUUCUGAAGGUGAAAACAUGCUUAGAGAUUUUGGAGCUCUUCAGGAGCAUCUUUGAGGAAAGACGGGCCAAUCUGGGCCAGUACCAACACAAUGGGAGCUUGGUGAAGCCUUGGGAUUUUCCCCCCAAUUUGGUCUUUUUUAGACUUGAUUGUUUUGUCAACAGAGUCAAGUCCAUUGAGGACAUACUUCAGACAGCAGUGGACUUCUUGAAGCUUGAGAAACUGGAGAUUGGAGGUAUUCGAGGUCGAGCACUAAGCCAACAGCUCCAGCUACUCCACCAAGUGUUUUUCGAUCAUUUCAAGAUUUUAACAGACAAGCCUUAUGAUUGCUUAGACCUCAACAACAAAGAGUUUGAGAAAGAUGUGUGGGACUUCCAAUUGAUCGUGGAUGACACCGAAAGGCGACUAGGAGCCAUUCUCUGUCAGGCCUUGGACGAUGCUUCGGGAUUGGAGCAAGCCUUCAAGGUGCUGGAUAUGUUUGGGGGUUUGCUGGAGCGUCCUUUAGUAUCACAAGAUGUUUUAGACAGAUACCCUCGCUUAGUAAGCAUGUUUGACAAGGAUCUGGACAGCUGCAAACUGCUUUACCAUGAACAUAUCAUCGCAAAUGAGCUGGGUUCUGCUCCAGUAAAUAGGAAUAUGCCAGCAGUAGCUGGAGGGCUGAGAUGGGCGCAAGAGCUGCAGCAGCGGAUUCAGACGCCCUUCUUCAAAUUCAGACAACUUUCUUACCCGUGCCUGGAUUCUGCACACGGAGUUUGGGUCAUCCAGAAGUAUGAAGAGCUGAUGCAACUGACUGACAGAUACUAUGCCACCCUCUACGAGACAUGGACAAGGACUGUUGACAGUAAUUGUCAACACAACCUCAGUCUGCCCUUAAUCUUCAGAGAUAAAUCCACGCGUUUGAUCUCUGUCAACUUCAGCACACAGCUCUCAUCCGUACUGAGGGAAGUCAAGUACCUUGAGGGCAGUCAGAGGGAAGUUAUUCCUGAAACUGCAAUGCAGAUUUAUUCUACCAGAUGGCAGUUGUGGCAGUUGGUGGGAAGUCUGGAUGUCAUGACAGGACGAUAUAAUAGGGUGAUUCAAUCUGUGCUCAAUGUGGAGAAUCCGCUAGUUGGGAGGCAGCUAGAGGAUAUUGACACCCAGCUACAAAAAGCUGAAGAGAGCCUGAGCUGGAACAGCCAAGGUAUUUGGCAGUAUAUUCAAGAGUUGCGGGAUUCUGUAUGUGACCUGGAGAGUCGACUCCAAAGGACCAAAGACAAUGUGGAGGAGAUUCAGAACUGUAUCAAGUCCUGGGAAACCCCGUUAUAUGACAGGAAGGAUAGGAAAAAAGACACUUUGCUGAGUCUGGAUGAUCGGGUCGAAAGGCUGGAACGUUUUUAUUGUAUGAUAAGAUCAUCAGGAGAGAAAAUUCAUUUCCUGGUAAAGAGGAAUCUGGAGCUUUUUAUGUCAGAACCAUCUUCAGAUGAGUGGAAAUCAUAUGUGGAAUACAUUGAUGAUAUGGUUAUCGAUGGAUUCUAUAACUGCAUAGAGUGUUCACUCAAGUUUUUCCUGGACAACACAGAAAAUAACGAUGAUACAGUACCCCUCUUUGAGACCCAAUUGUAUCUCAAAGUUCCUGAUUUGGUGUUUGUACCAUCGUUGGAGGUUGGAGAAAGGCAAAAUUUGUUUGAGCUCCUUGAGAGUCUCAUCAAUGACAUUUUCAGAGUCUCCUCACUUGUGCCACGCCUCUCCCAGCACAGUUCCUUUCCUCACUACCAGGCCGAAAUGGAAGGCAUGACUGACUUGGCAGAUAUGCGUGUUCUCAUCAUGGAACGCGUGAAAAGCGUCAUGACGACUUGCUGCGUAUUCCGCAAUUCAUUGGAAUGCUAUAGAUAUCUCUAUGUAGACGACAGAAAGGAAUUCCUGCACCAUUUCCUACGAUAUAGCAGUGUUUUGACCAGCCAGGAGGUGGCGACUCAAUCUGAAGAGAGGCCACCAACACUGGAUGAUUUUAAACAGCAAGUGGAUAGAUAUGAGAAGCUCUAUGAUGAGGUGCAGAGUCUAGAGCCAGUGCAUGUAUUCCACCGUUGGAUGAUUGUAAACGGCCGCAGCAUGAAGAUUGCCCUGCUCAAUAUCAUCAAGAAAUGGAGUUUCAUGUUCAAGCAACACCUUAUUGACCACGUAACUAACAGUUUAUCAGAUCUUGAGAAUUUCAUCAUCAUCACUGAGACCGGCCUGGACCAACAAGUAAAGGAAGGCGACUACGAAACCCUGGUAGACGUUAUGGGCCACCUGCUGUCUGUCAAGGACAGACAACACACGACAGAUCUAAUAUUUGAACCACUACAACAAAGCAUUGCCCUGCUAAAGGAGUAUGAACAGGAACUCCCUGAUGCUGUACACAAGCAGUUCGAAGAGUUGCCAGAAAAGUGGAACAACAUUAAAAAGAAGGCUACGCUCGUCAAACAGCAGGUGGCACCUCUGCAGGCCAUUGAAGUGGCGAGUUUGCGAAGAAAGUGCGCUUCGUUUGAAGUGGAGCAACACACCUUCAGGGAGCAUUUUCGCAACAAUGGACCCUUCAGGUAA